AUGGCGACGGCGAUACAGGCUCUCAAGGGCGAUGCGCCGCAGCAGGUGCGGUCUCUGAGUAUGAGAAGGGAAGGAGAUGGUCAUCAGAUCGCUAACGAGGACACCCUCCCCGGGCGUGCGCAGUACCGCCAGCUCCUGAAGACGGGCGACCAGUUCGCGGCCUACAACUUCCGCGAGUACGCUAAGCGCCGGACGAGGGACGCCUUCCGCGAGAACAAGGACGUCGAGGACCCGCGGCGGGUGCAGGAGCUGAUCCAGAAGGGGUUGAACGACCUCCAGAGCCUGAAGAGGCAAACGGUCGUCAGCCAGUUCUUCCAAUUCGACCGACUAGUGGUCGAGGGCGGUGCCGCGGGCAAGCAGAAGGGCGACAAGGGUGACGUCGUCAGGCAAAAGGACCAAGGCUGGGACUAA